AUGACCUCAGUGCUUGGAGACUUGUCGCAACUUCGUGUCCUGGCCGCAUUCGCCCAUCCUGAUGACGAGGGGUUCGGCAGCGGUGGCACCUUGGCAAUGCUGGUUGCCAGAGGAGCGCAGGUGACGCUCGUUUGCGCUACCAACGGAGAUGUGGGCGAAAUUAGCGAUCCAUUGUUGGCCACACCCGAGACCUUGGCCCAAGUCCGCCAAGGGGAAUUGCGAGACGCCAUGGACGUUACGGGAGUGGCAGACGUUCGUUUCCUGAACUAUCGCGACUCGGGCAUGGCCGGCACCGAGGAAAACGAACACCCUGAUUCCCUCAAUCAGGCAUACGCCGCAACCGUCAUUGCCCAACUCAGGGACAUUAUCAAAGAGACAAGGCCCAACAUCGUGAUUACGCACGACCCCACCGGCGGAUACGGGCAUCCCGAUCACCGCGCUGUCUGUCAACACACUACAGAGGCAUUUAAACUGGCUGCCGAUGAGAAGGGGCAAUCCCUGCAGUCGACGCAAGGCAAGGAUGACCAGGCUUCCUUUCUUCUCUACUACGUUUGCUUCCCUCGAAGCAACUUCCAAAGAAUGUGGCGCCAGAUGGUGGAAAUGGACAUUACUCCGCCCUUCGCCAGCCAAGACGUGGAUUUGGUGGGAACACCGGACGAGGAGGUUACCACCACCCUUGACGUUGGCACGUACGUUGACAUCAAAAUCGCGUCACUCAAUUGUCAUCGAACCCAAAUUGACCCUAACGGCCCCUUCUCUCAAUUGCCGGAAGAGAUGACCAGAGAAAUCAUGAGCAAGGAGUACUACACGCUGGUUUUGCCUGAGGAUAAAUCCGAAAAGGACGAUUUGCUCGCCAGUCUCUAG